UCUAGGUUUUCUAGUUAGUGUGGUUUGUGAGAGUGAAUGAGAACUUAGAGAGUCACAAGAAAUUCAACUGGUUUGUUGGAUCAAUUGAAAAUGGAACAGCAUAGCGAAACGUCCGAUAGAGAAGAAGAACGCGAGGGUGGUGGUGAUUCCUCUUUGGAUCCUCCCAAUUCAGAAGGAGAAACCCCAAUCUCCGACGGCGUCGCAUUCAACAAUCAAAGCGAAAUUUUCAGAGCGAUCGAAGUUGUGGAGCGCGACUCACUGGCUAUCGCUCAGAGUUUCACUUCUCUCUUCGCCUCCCUCCGUAUGGCGCUCUCCGAAUCCACCGCCACCUCGCUCCACCACAUGCAGUGCUUUACCGAUGCCACCGGUCGCCUUCAGGAAUCCGUGCUUGAUGCAGCAAACAAGGGGAAUCGCUAUAUAAAUUCCUGUCUCAGAUUGAAUGAAGAGAUGAAGAGUGUUGAUGGACUCGCCUCUCAAUUAAAAAUCCUAAGAAAGCAUGUAGAUUCUCUGGACUCAGCUGUUAACAAGCUUCUUCAAUUCCCCUGAUACCUUGGGAUUCAGUCAUGUACAAGUUGUUAAGAUAGAGGGUUGAGAAGCGGUGAAAUUUCCUCUGUUUUCCCCAGUAAAACAAGAGAUAGAGAGUGUACAAUAUUGUUCCUCGUGUCACAAGAUUUUCCUCUAGUGCUGACCCAAAAAACAAGAUUUCCUCUAGUGUCACAAGAUUUUUCCAGUGCACAGUUUGUUUGAAGUUUCAGGUGUUGAUGAUUUUAUGUAUGUGACUUUGUCAUUAUCACCGGUGCUGUUAAUAGUUUGUAUUCAGGACAGAAAUUAAAGUACGUACAGUCAAGAGUAAGCAUAUUUUGGUUCUUCAUUUUGUUCUGAAAUGGUAUAAAACAUUCUAUGCCUCUUUGUGAGAGAUGGGAUAAGAUAAACUGCCUUUGCUCUUGUUUUA